ACUGACCAACGGUGUCGUUUAACACGUUGGUAAAACAGGCGCGUACAUUUCAUAACCGCAUAAACGACCAAUAAUCCAAUAUCUUAUAACCUUUCGGAGCUUUUCAAAAGAUAAGGUCUUUCUUUAUCUUUCUCUCACUUUUUUUUUUCUUUUUGGGUAGCCAUGGCUGAAGCUUCACGAGUGUUACAAACUGCUCUCGUUUCCAACUUUAAUUCAUUCCAAAGAACGCAUUUUUCACAGUUAAACCCAGUUAGUUUCCGUAGAAACCCAGUUCAUUGCUCUGUCUCAACGAGUGAAAACACCAAAACAACAGUGACCCAGACCAUCCCAUGGGGCUGUGAAAUGGAUUCUUCGGAGAACGCCUCUGCUCUGCAGAAAUGGCUGUCUCAGUCUGGUCUUCCGCCGCAGAAGAUGGCAAUAGAAAAAGUGAACGUGGGAGAGAGAGGGUUGGUUGCUUUGAAGAAUAUUAGGAAAGGGGAAAAGCUGCUCUUUGUGCCUCCCACGCUGGUCAUCUCAGCGGAAUCAGAAUGGAGCAUUGCAGAGGCUGGUAAAGUAUUAAAGCAGAAUUCAGUACCUGACUGGCCAUUCCUGGCAACUUAUUUGAUCAGUGAAGCAAGUAUCAUGGAAUCUUCAAGAUGGAGCAAUUAUAUUUCUGCUUUACCUCGGCAACCAUAUUCACUUCUCUACUGGACACGUGAAGAACUAGAUCGUUAUUUGGAAGCAUCACAGAUUAGAGAGCGAGCAAUCGAAAGGAUUACAAAUGUUGUUGGAACAUACAAUGAUUUAAGGCUUAGGAUAUUUUCAAAGUACCCUGAUUUAUUUCCUGAAGAGGUCUUUAAUUUGGACACCUUCAAAUGGUCAUUUGGAAUUCUUUUCUCCCGAUUGGUCCGGUUACCUUCAAUGGGUGAUAAGUUUGCAUUGGUUCCAUGGGCAGAUAUGAUGAACCACAGUUGCCAGGUGGAGACAUUUCUAGACUAUGAUAAAUCAUCUCAGGGAGUUGUUUUCACAACAGACCGGCCUUAUCAGCCAGGUGAGCAGGUUUUCAUCUCAUAUGGCAAGAAAUCUAAUGGAGAGCUGCUGCUAUCCUAUGGGUUUGUUCCAAAGGAGGGAACCAAUCCUGGUGAUUCAGUUGAGUUGUCCGUGUCACUCUCAAAAUCAGAUGAAUGUUAUAAACAGAAAUUGGAAGCUCUCAGGAAACAUGGAUUGCAAGCAUCUCAAUGUUAUCCUAUACGAGUCACUGGCUGGCCUUUGGAAUUGAUGGCAUAUGCUUAUUUAGCUGUCAGUCCUCCAUCUAUGAGCGGCCAAUUUGAAGAGAUGGCUGCGGCAGCAUCAAACAAAAUUAAUACCAACAAGGAAUUAAGAUACCCUGAUAUAGAGGAAGAAGCCCUUCAAUUUAUAUUGGAUAGUUGUGAAUCUAGCAUAUCAAAGUACAACAAAUUCUUACAGCAAAGUGGAUCAUUGGAUUUAGAUGUGACAUCACCUAAGCAACUCAACCGAAGGUUGUUUCUAAAACAGCUAGCUGUAGAUCUAUGUACAAGUGAGCGAAGGAUAUUGUUCCGUGCCCAAUAUAUACUACGGAGGAGGUUAAGGGAUAUUAGAAGUGGUGAAUUGAAAGGUCUAAAACUCUUUACCGGGUUGCGAAAUUUCUUCAAAUGAGAAGGUAUUGUCCAUACUGAAUCAAGUGGUAUUUGGUGAAGAGAUGAAUGCUAUAAAAUGUAAUUAAUUUUACUGGCUAUUUUUCAGUCAUGUUAGAGGUAUUGUGUACUAGCAGGAAUUUCUUAUAUUACUUUUAUAGGAAAACUAAAACAGAAAAACUUUCCUUUAAAGUUUAGAACUCUCCCUAUUCAAUCGCAGAGAUUUGUUCA